AUGGAUCUCGUAUCGACGUUGAAUCGUAUAGCAGGAUCACAAAAUAUUCGCCUAGAUCAGGAUAAGUUGGAUAAAGAUAUUGACGAUGUUCUGGACUUCGAUCACGACCUAGCUUUGAAAUAUAGUACUGACGAUACAACUCGUCGACAAUUUGAAAGAAGCUUUAAUCCUAUGACUCUAGCGGAACUACAGAGUAAAUAUCCAAAAAUAUCUUGGGAGCUAUAUAUUUCAGAGGUUUUCCAACUUGUGCCGGAUGUUAAGCAGAAAGUAUUGAAGGCCAGCGAUUACCACUAUAUUGUGACUGAACCAAAGAUGCUGCAAUUGCUCAGUGAUAAUGUCGAAGCUGUUCCAACUCGCACACUGGUUAACUACAUCUACGCUAAAUUAGUAAUGGCUUACAGCGAUUUCCUGCCAGUGAGUUUCAAAAAUCUGAAAAUUUCAUUUCUGCUUCUUCAAACUUUCUAA